UCUCUCUCUCUCUCUCUCUCUCUCUCUCUCUCUCUCUCUUCUGCACCGUCCUGACCGAUACGGAACAAGCGCGUGGGUUCCUUUUUCCCGAGGGCGACAUAAAGCCCGGGACAAAUUGCUACGUGUGUUUACGUUAAAUCGCUUAAGCGCGCUACGCUUGCACGGAGCUCGGAGGGAUCGACUCUCCCGUAAAGGCGAGAGAUAACCAUCUGCGAGUGAGGGCCAUCGGCAUAAGUCAAGCUUCGACGUCGCGCCGAACCGAUAUACAUGUGAGUAUAAUGCAUAAUGGCGCGGCGCGCACCGAUGUAUAGAUCCGGAUUAAGGCCGCUCGAUGCUUGCGACCACCUUAAUGCCUGGCGCGGAGCGCCUUAAACGUUAUCGCGAUACACGCCGAACUCCGACCGGGCACUAAUGCGUAUACUUUGCGUACACGUUAAUCCUUUCCGUAGAGUAUCAUUAAUUACGGCGGGCAAGUGCCGCGGGGAUCUUCUUGUCUAGUUGAGCUUGUCGUGAGACGCUUAGGGCAAACAGAGCGAAACGGAACUCUGUGGACGGAUGCUCGAAUGCGCUUUGCCAUUCGAGACGCGUCGGUUGGGAAACGCGACGGUCGCUCGAAAAUUAUUCGCAAAUUUGACAUCUCCAUUUUGCUCCCUGAUAAAUGCAUAAAAUUGUGCGAGCUUAAUUUACAUACGACAGAAAAUAUUGCUCUCCAUUGUACAAAUAUUUUAUUCACCGUAUACAUCGCCUGUAAAACAUUGUCUAUAAAAAUUCAUACACGGAUCGCACACCGCACUUUUAUCAAAGAUUUCUCCCGUGGAAUGGCGCGACGCGAUAUGGGUACGCUCCACAUUCUCUGAUCUAUUUACGCCAAGUAGCAACAAGGUAUCGGUUUCCUGGAUGUGUAACCAAGCGAUUCGGCGGAAGCUUGUUUACCGUUUGCAACCCACCCUCGCACGGAGUCGUGAAGUUGGAGCUGCGACGACGCGUCUAAACUCGUUCUCGCGGUUCGGAUCCGAUUUCACGUUCGAGUGAUCGACCGUAGGAAAUCCCAUAUGUUUUCGCAAAGAUCCUCUUCUAGAGUCCCUCCUCGAUUGUGCGGACGUUCGAGCGAUAUUCAUUGGAUCCUUACCAAAGUACCACGAUGGUAGACGAGGUGCGAUAACAAUGACCUCGAGGCUAACGGCGCUGGCUUUACGAUGCGCCAUGAAUGAAGGGGGUGGAUGAAUAUUGAAUCGUCAAGGAACGGACGUAUCGACGCUUUGAGCACAACAAUGCGCUCAACGGCAAGCCGGCAAGUGCCUGGCUUUAUUCGAGAAAAUGUCCUUGCUAUACAAAUAGAAGCUUCCUUAAAAAAAACAAGUGACUCUCAAUCAAGCUUUUAUUCCCAGCUUCGAUGUCACCGAUGUUCCGGUACGACAAAGGGCUCAAGUGCUUCAAGAAUGAAUGCCUCUCUACAGUCAUUAAUCUUGCGCGAAACACAAAUUUAUAAAUACACUUUUUGUGAAAUAAAUUAAAAAAAAAAAAAAAACAGAUUACUCAAUUUGCCAGCGUAAGAUGAAGGACGAAAUGACUACCGUUCAUAGAAGCGGAUAUGAGUCAGAGGGAUGCGUAUUGAGACUGAUCUGUCGAUCAGCGCGGAAGGAGAACAUUCGCGGAAGAAAGCGCAGCCUCCGGCGUUACGGGCACCACCACCACCACCACCACCACCACUACCGUUUCCAACGUCACCACUACCGCCGUCGUCGCUGCCGCCGCUGCCGCCGCCGCAGAUACCGCCACCACCAGCAGCAGCAGCCAGCAGCAGCACCCCGACGACAAGGGGAUGAAGAAGAGCGUCGGUAUCGAAGUGAGACGUAUAUAUAUGUAUAUAUAGAGGUGCGCGCACGUCGGCAAGUUCAGUCGUCCACCGCGUGCCGACCCGCGAGCAUCGCGCAGCCACCCCUCCUUUAGCAGAAUUCCUCAUUUCCCUCGUUUCGUUCGCCACCACCGUGUGCGAGGGGCUCGAAGGCCGGUCACGUGUCCCCCCCUUUCGCACGCUCGAACGCGAGUGCAACCAUGCAAGUGCGAGCACCCUCGUUCAGAUUCGUCAUGUAGUCCACGAGGAGAGCUGCGAGUAAUUACCGAUGGCGGUUUUUGGAAAGAGACAGAUUCUCUUUUGCAAAUUAAAAACUUUGAAGGCGAGGUGAAUAUGACGCUUGAUCGUUGGAUCUGUCACAUGGAUUUUGUGUACGACGAAUAGUCAAUCGAGAUUUCUUCUGUUCGAUCAACGGCGAGUUUUAUUUGUCUCGCUGCGCGAUUCGCCAGCAAUCAUAUACGGCAUAUUGUUGCGGAUAUUUAUUGAAUUUAUAUAAAAUUACGAAAAAAAUUUGAUAAUUACCGAUUGUAAAAUCACACAAGAGCGUGCGAUGAUAAGCGCGACGUUAACAAGUAUCAGCAUGGAGAAUGAAGUUUAUUGUGCGUAAUUUCUCUAAUUGUAAAUGGCAUCGAGUAAAACGCCGGUUUGAGAUGUGAGGCAACGAUGGAGCUGAGGAUCAGCAUUCUUCUUUUAAUGCUUCUCCGCCUUGGGAGUACGCUUGAAGGUACGAAAGAAGAGGACGACACCGAAGAGGAUGACGAGGAGAGUUAUCCCGUCGAGGAUGACUACGAUUACGGUGACUACGAGACCGCGACUAUAACAAGCGAUACCGAUCUUAUCGUCGGGGGUUCCCUGCCGAUUUUUUUGGCGGAGCCCGUUGACACGUUCGUCGUCAAGGGCAAACCGGCGACGUUGCACUGCCGCGCUGCACAUGCUCUUCAGGUGUAUUUUCGCUGUAACGGCGAGCGAGCCGAGCGUUCACAGCAGCAGGACUUUGUCGACCCUCGUACCGGAACGAGGGUCGUCGAGGUCGAGUUGAACGUGACGAGGAACGAGGUCGAGGAGUACUUCGGGAGGGAGAGAUUCAAGUGCGAGUGCGUGGCAUGGUCGGGACCAGGUCAAAUUCGAGGGCAGCCCGCUACGGUUGAGGUCGCCUAUCUGAAGAAGCACUUCCUGUCACCGCCAUACUCGCUGUCGGUGGAAGUCGGCCGCAGCGCGGAAUUGCGAUGCUCGCCGCCUUUGGGUAUACCACCACCGAAGGUUUAUUGGUUGAGGAACGGCUCGCCUCUCGAGACGCCCGCCGCCGGCACCGCUUCCGCUUCUUCCGACGCGAACCCGAACGAGGUGUCCUCCGCGGACGGCUUCGUGCAAUCCGCCGACGGGCAUCUGCUCCUCGGCGAGGCCGAAUUGAGGCAUCAAGGGAACUAUUCCUGUGUUGCUGAGAACCUCGCCGCAAGGAGGGUCAGCGAACCAGCAGUGCUCACGGUUUACGUGAACGGCGGGUGGUCGUCCUGGUCCGGAUGGUCCGAGUGCAGCGUGCGCUGUGGCAGAGGCGUACAAAAGAGGACAAGAACAUGUACAAAUCCCGUUCCAAUCAACGGCGGUCAAACGUGCCCAGGACCAGCCACACAAAGAGUAGAAUGCAAUCCUUCCUGCCCCGCGGUCGACGGCAGAUGGUCGGCCUGGUCCUCGUGGUCCGUAUGCGGUCCUGAUUGUUCGAGAGUAAGGAGGAGAUCCUGCAACGACCCCCCGCCGAGCAACGGCGGUCGUCCCUGUCAAGGCAAGGACAUCAUCGUCGAGUCCUGUUCGACGGAUCGUUGUAAUGCACUUGGACAAGAUGGGCCAAGAGUACUUAAAGAAGCGACUAGAGCAGUCGAUCACAGAAAUAUCCUCGCAUUGUGGAUCACUUUAAGCUUAGCCGCGAUAAUUUUGGCCGUAACGACAAUUUUCUUCGUUCGCUUGAUGCGCCGGAAAGAAAGAAUGGAGGCGUUGUACGGCGUUGCGAGAUUGGAUUUCCGUCGUCCGGGUGAUCUCGCAAAAUCGGUCGUUUCUAAAAACGAGCGCUCCGUCUUGCCUAGCGAUAGGCGUCUCGAACAUGUGAUUGAUGAGUCGAAUGCCGCCAGGUUGCCCAGAUCCUGCUCUGAGCAUCAUUACGACGUUCCACAAUUGUCAUUACCGUCGACAACGAGACCAUCGCCAAGCUCCUCCGUAACCAGGUCUUCUUGCAAGAACUCGCAACGAGGACGCGGCAUAUCGGAUAAUGAGGAGGGACGGUCUUCCCGCUCGACAUACCGAGCGAAUCCGGAAAGCACCAACGAGGACGACGACGAACAGGACGAUGACGAGAGACCGGACGAGAACGAACGAUCCGCGACGGAUGACGGUAGCGGCUUUAUCGUACGUGCCGUAAUCGACGAGCAAGGCGCUCUUCUUGUCGUACCUGAGGUGGGCGUCUCGAUGUCCGUGCCGGAAGGUGCGAUUCCUCGCGGUCGUCGGCACAGUCUGCAUCUUGCCGUUCUCGGAGAAAAUUCUUUUAGACCGAAUCUUCCGCCUGGACUCACCUUGUUGUCCGCCGUGGUAGUUUGCGGUCCGGCAGGCAUCGAUCUCGUGAAGCCUGUGAUUCUUCAGUUCGAGCACUGCGCCGAAUUGAGGACCGGCAACUGGGAGCUGAGCUUGUGGUCCGCGGACAUCGAUUUGGAAACUCGUUCGAAUAACUCUACGAGCUCGUCGGUGAAUUCAGCUGGUUCACCGGCCGUGACAGCGUGGCGCAAGGUGUUGAUGCUCGGCGGCGAUCCGACGAAUUUGCCCGGUCAACCGUUCGCGCAGCUCGAUCACGCCGGCGUAUUUCUCGUCACAGAAACUCCCAGCGUUUACGCGGUGGCUGGUGAAAAUUCCGUGGUCGCGCCCGGUUUGGCCGUAAAACGCCUCUGUAUGGCGGUUUUCGUCUCUCGCGAACGUGACCACAUCAGGUGUCAUGUAUUGGAGGAUACCAAGGCGUCGUUCAAACUCGUUAGCGAACAAGAACGUCGCUUGGGUGGCACUCAUAUCGAUCACGGUACGUUUGGAUUUCGCGCCAGCGGCACUUCGCUUCGCGUAGAUCUUGAAGACAGAGAAAGCGGUUUUGCCGAGCGACAAGAAGUACCUUACCGGCGCAUUUGGGCAUCCUCGAGGAUCAGCAUCCGGCGCUCGUUUAGAAUAGAAAAAAUUAUUGGCGAUUUUAAACUCGGCUUUGAGCUUCGUGCUUGUCAACGUGGUUUCGAGGAUCAAGGUUUACUUCUCAGAAUCGAUCUUGAUCUUGUAAAAAGGAACAACAUGAGUGGAAAGAGAAAUGGUAAUAAGACGGAAUCCUCUGUUGUUCUACGGGGAAAAAAUCUGACGAGGUCUACAGAAUCUGUCAUACCAAGACCCUUCAGAUUUUCUAAGACGCUUAGAAAACAACUAUGUCAAUGUUUGGAUCCACCUAGUGCACGCGGCAAUGAUUGGCGAAUGUUGGCUCAAAGACUGCAAGUAGAUCGAUAUGUCGACUAUUUCGCGACGAAGGCGAGUCCAACAGAACAUAUUCUGGAUUUAUGGGAAGCCAGACAUCGUGAAGCUACGGCUCUAGCAGAUUUACUGAACCAUUUAAGACUGAUGGGACGCGUCGACGCGGCCAAUGUACUCGAGAGUCGUUUGGGGCCAUGGAUCUAAAAGAUCAUGAAAAACUUACACUGCCACGCAGCACAUAAAAUGCAUAUUUCUAACACGAGAAACAAAUAAGUUUUGUAAAUAGAGUAGCCAAUAUAUAGUAUUGAGAAAAUGGACGUAUAACUAUAUGUUGUAUAAACAUUGGUCAUAUUUGUACAUAA